AGUUCCACUUGGUUUGUUCCCGAGUUUCGGGAGAGAGUAACGAGCCAGCAGCAUCAUAGCUGAAUGAAGAUGGCGGCUCAGAGAGUGAUGCUGUCAACAAGACUUUAAACUUGCCAGUUUUUCUUUUGAUUUAUCUCUGUUCAAUUUUGUGUGGAUAGCAGACUCGGUUUACAGGUCUCUGAUGAGGGACUGCUCUCUCUGAGAGAUUCUGAACGCGGCAGACGCGCAGACGGACGGCCUGACGGACCAGACUGAAGGGAGCGUGCAGUAGCAAUAAAAGGCAUUUGCUCUCCUCCACCAUUGAAGCAUGGCCAGACUUGGCCUCUACAGGGUGCGCUGUUCGGCAUGGAGCCACCCGCAGUGAGCACCUUCAGUGCAGCUACUGCUGAAGCUGCCUGAACUAACAGCACCAGCCUCAAGGAGCCUCCAUUACUAAGCACAAAAACAUCCCUUACAGACACUGAGAGGUACAUGAUUGUGCGUUUGUGACUGUGGAAGGGAGAGAGGAGGAGAGAAACCGCGAGUCCGUGUUGGAGAGGUGUAGACAAAGGAGGAGGGUUGGAGGAAGAGAGUGAGAAACCCAAUACCCUGAAACCAAGCCGAGGACACAAAACCAAGAGAGACGAAGAGUCUGUGUGUGUGUGUGAGAGAGCGAGAGAGAGAGAGAGAAAGGGAGAGGAAUACGACCCAAACGAGUCGGAGAAGCUUGGCUUCAGACUAGCGGCGAGCAGUUUGGUGCACUGCUAAGGUAGCGAUAAGCAGCAUUCAGAGAAGAGGGCGCGUCAUGGGCUACGGGGGCCAUGGUGACUUAGCGUAAAUGGCUGCUCCUGACGCCAAGCCUGUGCCACUGUCUGCUGCUCAACCCUUUUCCUCCUCCUCUUCCUUCUCUCUCCCCUGCUUUCUCUCUACUUGCUACGAUUGCUGCUAUCAUCCUGUCCUUGUCCUCCUGGCUGCCUCACUCGCUUCCCAGCUCCAGCUCUAUGCCUGCAGCUAUGGGGCUGUGGAAGCUGGUGCGAGGCGUGAGGCAGCUGGAACUCCACCGCCUCAUCCUGGCGCUCAUCAUCUUCUGCUUGCUCUCCAUGGCCUUUCUGGCCUACUAUGUCAGCAACAGCCCCAAAAUCAAGGAGGCACCCCCUUUACCCUUCAGUGACUGUGGAGGGGUUGUGGCGUCUGCCGGCGGAGGAGGGCAGCGAGCGCCCCUUUUCUUACCUCCGCCAGGGCGCCAGCGUACGGUUAAAGUGGUGGAUAACUCACGAACUGAGCCUGUGGUGUUGGUGUUUGUGGAGAGCAUCUAUUCGCAGCUGGGCCAGGAGAUUGUGGCCAUCCUGGAAUCCAGCCGGUUCCGCUACCAUACAGAGAUUGCUCCCAGCAAGGGUGACAUGCCCACGCUAAUGGAGCGUGACCAGGGCCGCUACGCGCUGGUGAUUUACGAAAACGUGCUUAAGUAUGUCAAUCUGGAUGCUUGGAACCGGGACCUGCUGGACAAGUACUGUGCAGAAUUUGGCGUAGGCAUCAUUGGCUUCUUUAAGGCAAAUGAGAACUCCCUGCUGAGCGCUCAGCUUAAGGGUUUUCCCCUGUUCCUGCACUCCAACCUUGGCCUGCGCGAUUAUCGCAUCAACCCUGCUGCUCCGCUCCUCUACAUCACCAAGCCCAACGAGGUAGAGCAGGGCCCCCUGCCUGGGGACGAUUGGACGGUAUUUCAGUCCAACCACAGCACCUACGAGCCCGUGCUCUUGGCCAGCACAAAGUCCUCAGACGCUCUGCCCCAUCUGGGACCUCACCGUGCUCUUCACGCAACCAUCGUACAGGACCUAGGCCUCCACGACGGCAUCCAGAGAGUCCUGUUUGGUAAUAAUCUCAAUUUCUGGCUCCACAAGCUGAUUUUCGUAGACGCUAUCGCCUACUUGACGGGCAAACGGCUCUGCCUGUCGUUGGAGAGACACCUGCUGGUGGAUGUGGAUGACAUCUUUGUGGGCAAAGAGGGCACACGCAUGAAGGUGUCAGACGUUAAGGCCCUGCUCAGCACGCAAAACAAGCUCCGGACAUUAGUUCCCAACUUCACGUUCAACCUCGGCUUCUCCGGAAAGUUCUACCACGCAGGUACGGAGGAAGAGGACGAGGGGGACGACAUGCUCCUGCGUCACAGGCAGGAGUUCUGGUGGUUCCCACACAUGUGGAGCCACAUGCAGCCGCACCUCUUCCACAACGUCAGCGUGCUCGCCGAACAGAUGAGACUCAACAAACUCUUCGCACAGGAGCACGGAAUCCCCACCGACAUGGGUUAUGCCGUGGCCCCUCACCAUUCGGGGGUCUACCCCGUACACAGCCAACUGUACGAGGCCUGGAAGAGUGUGUGGGGGAUUAAAGUGACGAGCACGGAGGAGUAUCCUCACCUGAGGCCAGCCCGCCAUCGCAGGGGCUUCAUUCACAACGGCAUUCAGGUGUUGCCUAGGCAAACGUGUGGCCUCUUCACACAUACGAUCUUCUACAACGAGUAUCCAGGAGGCUCCCGUGAGCUGGACAAGAGCAUUCGCGGAGGAGAACUCUUCCUCACCGUCCUACUCAACCCUAUCAGCAUUUUCAUGACACACCUCUCAAACUACGGGAACGACCGGCUUGGCUUGUACACCUUUGAGUCUCUGGUGAAGUUUGUGCAGUGCUGGACAAACCUGCGGCUUCAAACCCUUCCUCCAGUGGAGCUAGCUGAGAAAUAUUUUCAGAUCUUUCCAGAAGAGAGGGACCCCUUGUGGCAGAACCCAUGUCAUGAUAAGAGACAUAAAGACAUCUGGUCUAAGGAGAAGACCUGCGAUCGGCUGCCCAAAUUCCUGGUCAUUGGGCCACAGAAGACGGGUACCACAGCAUUGCACUCUUUUCUAACCCUCCAUCCUGCCAUCACGAGCAACUUCCCCAGCCCAGUCACCUUUGAGGAGAUCCAGUUCUUCAAUGGCCCCAACUAUCACAACGGCAUUGACUGGUACAUGGACUUCUUCCCUUUCCCAUCGAACGUCAGCACAGACUUCAUGUUUGAGAAGAGUGCCAACUACUUUGACACGGAGGUGACGCCCAAGAGAGCUGCCGCUUUGCUGCCCAGAGCCAAAAUCAUAGCGGUGCUUAUCAACCCAGCUGACAGAGCCUACUCCUGGUACCAGCAUCAGCGAGCUCACCAGGAUCCUGCUGCUAUAAACCACACCUUCCACCAGGUAGUGACAGCAGGACCUUCUGCCUCCAAAGAGCUCCUCAACCUGCAGAACCGCUGCCUUAAACCGGGAGCCUAUGCCACACACCUGGAGCACUGGCUACUACACUACCAACCCAGACAGCUGCAUAUUGUAGAUGGAGCUCUGCUGCGCUCUAACCCAGCUCUGGUGAUGGAGGGAAUCCAGAGGUUCCUGGGGGUCACCCCUAUCUUCAACUACACACAGGCGCUCAUGUUCGACGAGACUAAAGGGUUCUGGUGCCAGAGAAUGGACGGAGGACGUCCCAAGUGUCUGGGGAAAAGCAAAGGCAGAAAAUAUCCAGAGAUGACCCCUGAGACGCGUGCCUUCCUGACGGAGUACUACCGGGAGCACAACCUGGAGCUGCUGCGGCUGCUGAACCGCCUGGGUCAGGCGCUGCCCACCUGGCUCAGAGAGGAGCUCCAGAGCAGUAGCUGGAGCUGAGGGCCCCUAGUGUCCACCUGCCCAUCCGCUGCUACUGGACCCUUUGGCCGCAUGGGAGGGACACGGCGGGUCCUUCCCCUGUAGUGCCGCAGUCAGUACAGAGGAAACGCGGGGGAUUGGAGGAGAGCCUCGGGACAGAAAACCCCUUCCUCUCAACACUUACCACAAUAACGACGAAUGAGAGGGCGCAUAUAGCUGCUCCUGUGGAGGACUCGGUGGACUACCAAAAUCAAACCUCUCUGCUCUUGCACAAGAACCCACUCUUACUGGUCAGGACACAACUUCAGAAAGUGACAAAGCUGGGCGUCCGGUGAUGGCGGGAGGUGGGAGUGUAGGUGUAGGGUGGGGGGGGGGGGGGGGGGGGGGGAAGGGCUGAUGGGAAAUGUAGUUUUCACCUCCCGCCACCUUUUGCCUUGUAACCCAGGCCAGUCAAUGAGGACUUGCUCAUAAAGGACUACACUACAUGCUUGGACAGCAUGAAUGAACUGAGAACAUGAGUGUGUUCAUAUAUACACACACACACAAACAUAUGCGUGGGUGCGUGCUUGCGUGCGUGUGUGUGUGUGUCUGUGUCUGUGUGUGAGUGUGUAUGUGUGUGCGUGCGGCUCACUCAUCUCUCAAGAGGAAUGAUUGUAAAACAUUGUACAUUUUAAAGCAUUGUAUAUUUUGGGUCGGGGUAAUGGGUGGACAUGGACUGAUGUAGACAGCGUUGGUGUACAGGACAGCAGAGGCCUGUUGGGUAGGAUUGUAUUGAGGACCCCAGACUGCUGAAGCCCCUCUCCUCUCUACACACGACAAGACCCAGGAAUAAAGGAACGAGAGUGAGAGAGAGAGUGUGAGUGAGUGAGUUUAGGGAAAAAUAUGCAAGGCGAAUAAGGAAUAAGGAUAGGGCCAAUCUUUUUCAGUCUAUCGUCCCACUUAAUGUUAACAAAAAGUGUCCCCACACAAGUGUCUUAAAAUUUGGUAUUUUUAACAGGUUGAUUACCCAUACUUAACUGUGAACGUGCGCUUCUAAAAAAAAAAACUGUCAAAACUCCAGACGUCGAGUGUUUUGAAAUCAGAGGCUUGGGUUUGGAGGCAGGUUUACUGUGGGCAGCAGAGCGAGGAGAGGGGCUGCACAUCUGAGCCUGUGGACUGUCCUACAGAGCACGUGCAGCUGUCUUUUUCUUUUUCUUUUUGUUUUUUGUUUUUUGUUUUUGUUUUUUGUUUUUGUUUUUGUUUGUUUUGUUUAUUUUGUAAAAAUUCUUUUAAAAAUAUGGCCAACGCUAUAUCAUCUCUAAUAAAAAACACUUAGAGAGGUAUGACGUGCU